GCCUUCCUGUUUCGAUACCAUCGACGCGAUGAGAGAGAUUUCUCUCUUCUGCUUACUUUCUCCUCUUUCUUCUAUCACCAAAACCUUCCUUUAACCUAACCCUAGAAUAAUCAAGUCGGUCAGGAUUCCGGAGAAUUACAAACCCUAGAUCUCUCAAUCUCUCUCUUUCCCUCUCUCAAUUGCUGCUUCAGUUAACGUUUUGUGUUUCAAUUAUCUCUUCGUUUUGGUUCGCUGCAUUUCCUGGUGGGGAUAUGGUGGCGUCGAUUGGAUCACUGUUUUUGCGGUUUCCUACUCAUCGAGGUUCAGACGUCGGUGCGGUUAAGCGGUGGAGUGUUUCAUGAGUUUCUCUGUGUUAAUAAUUGUUUCUACUUCGUCUGUUUCUUUAAAAUUCUCGAAAUCAGGGGUUGAAUUUGCGACUAGCGGUGGGAUUUGGGGCUGAAGUUGGGUUAUUAGUGGUGUGGAGGUGUGUUUAAUGGAGCCUCGCGUUGGGAAUAAGUUUCGGCUCGGUCGAAAGAUCGGUAGCGGGUCGUUUGGGGAGAUCUACCUUGGUACUAAUAUUCAGACAAACGAAGAGGUUGCUAUUAAGCUGGAAAAUGUCAAGACAAAGCAUCCCCAGUUGCUAUAUGAAUCCAAGUUAUACAGAAUUCUACAAGGAGGAACUGGAAUUCCAAAUGUGAGAUGGUUUGGUGUGGAGGGAGAUUAUAAUGUUCUAGUGAUGGAUUUGCUUGGACCUAGUUUAGAAGAUCUAUUCAACUUCUGCAGCAGGAAAUUUUCUUUGAAGACAGUUCUUAUGCUUGCUGAUCAAAUGAUUAAUCGUGUUGAAUUUGUUCAUUCUAAAUCAUUUCUACAUCGAGAUAUCAAACCAGACAACUUUCUGAUGGGUUUGGGAAGGCGAGCCAAUCAGGUUUACAUCAUUGAUUUUGGUUUGGCUAAGAAAUAUAGAGAUAACUCAACGCAUCAACACAUUCCUUAUCGAGAGAAUAAGAAUUUAACUGGAACUGCAAGAUAUGCCAGCAUGAACACUCAUCUCGGAAUUGAGCAAAGCCGGAGGGAUGAUCUAGAAUCUCUUGGUUAUGUUCUUAUGUACUUUCUGAGAGGAAGUCUUCCUUGGCAGGGUCUAAAAGCAGGAACAAAGAAACAGAAGUAUGAGAAAAUUAGUGAGAAAAAAGUUUCUACAUCAAUUGAGGCCUUGUGUCGGGGUUAUCCAACAGAAUUUGCAUCAUACUUCCAUUAUUGUCGGUCACUCCGGUUUGAUGAUAAGCCAGAUUAUGCCUAUUUGAAAAGAAUAUUUCGCGAACUCUUUAUUCGUGAAGGCUUCCAGUUUGAUUAUGUGUUUGACUGGACCAUAUUAAAGUAUCAGCAAUCACAGCUUGCGACUCCUCCAGCUCGUGCUCUCGGUGCUGGUGCUGGAACAAGUUCUGGAAUGCCCGCAGCCAUUGUUAAUGCAGACAGGCGAUCAGGUGAUGAGGGCCGUCCUGUAGGGUUGUCGUCCAUGGAUUAUUCCCGUCGUAGAGGACCUGCUAUAAAUUCUGGAAGUUUGUCGAGACAAAAGAGCCCAGUUGCUGCUGAUUCAGCAAUUACCAAAGAGGCUAUGCAGUUAUCAAGCUCUGGUUUUUUGGGGCAGUCAAGUGGAUCAAGGCGAGCUGCUGUCUCUAGCAGUCGUGAUCCAGCCAUUAUGGGAAGUGACUCUGAUGCCCCUCAUGCUCGCACCACUGAAGCUAGUCCUGGAGCAGUUCGCAGGAUCGCUGGUGGGCAAAGAAUUGGACCCUCAGACCUGAGACACUCAUCUUCUGGUAGAAAUGCCUCAACCUCAAGGAAUUAUGAGUCUGCCCUUAAGGGCAUUGAGAGUUUGCAUUUUGAAAAUGAUGAGAGGGUUCGUCAUUAGAUCAUCACCACCUUUUCACAUUCUUCCAUGUGCCUGAAUUGUUCCCAAAUAACUCCGAGUUGGAAUUUGCUCUAGAAGGGGAGGGAUUAUUAUCAGCGAUUAUGAGUGACAGAAGCUGAAUCCAACCAAUCUUGUCGAAGGCACCUUCUACUCGUUGAGUUGCCCCAGUACAAGUUUGGUUUGGUUUGGUUUUUCCCAUUUAACCGAUAUUUCUUCAGUGUCUUUUUGGCCUUAUAAGCUAUGUUGAUGCUGGUUGGGCCCUGUGGUUUUCAGCUUAAAGGGCACCCGAUAUUGGCCAUUGUAUUGAUAUUAUCCUCCUUGGGAAAGUCACUUGGUUUCUUAAAUUACUUUUGCCAUUUGAGACUUGAGGGAGUGGUUUGAACUUUUGAAAUACAUGGACUGGGAAAAAGGGUAACACCAGCACUGGGAGAAUUUCAUUGUGCCAGUGGUAUCAACUUAAUAUUUGGGUUGAUUGGCAAUGCUUGUACCAUUGUAAUAACUACAUAUUUUCACAUUACUAUUAUCUCACGAGUAUUUUCA